GCAGACUUUCAAGUAUCUUUUUUGGACGUAUGAAAAGUUUAUGCUACCAUACCAUGUUUGCAACGAUGUAUCUUUAAUUGUUUUUGAAUAUAUUUUACGUCUGGAACUAAAUAGGGGAUAUGCAAUUGGCACUUAGCUUGGUGCUCCUAAAGGCACCUGCCUUGCCCAGGAUGGCGGACACUUGGAACCAUAACAUCAGCUCUUACAACCGGUCCUCUACGGACCCAGACCGAUUCAGCAGCCUGGAGGAUAUAGAUGUGACCGCCGACGGCAGUCCAGUGCUUCGAAUCAUGAUAUCAAUCGUGUAUUCUGUGGUUUGCGCAGCGGGUUUGGUAGGGAAUUUGUUAGUCGUUUUCUUAAUGAAAGUGAGACGAGGGAGAACAAGGUCCACCAUACACUUUUUCGUUCUUAAUCUGGCCAUGACGGACUUCCAGUUUGUCCUGACCCUGCCUUUCUGGGCGGUGGACACCGCUCUGGACUUCAGCUGGCCGUUUGGGAACGCGAUGUGCAAGAUCAUUCUCUCCGUCACUGUUAUGAACAUGUACGCGAGUGUGUUCUUUCUCACUGCUAUGAGUGUCACGCGCUACUGGUCGGUUGCCUCGGCUCUAAAGGACCGGACUAGACACAGAUAUUGUUCGGUGAGAUGGGUAAGCGCAGUACUCUGGGUCUCUGCCACUGUGGCCACCGCGCCAACGGCUAUAUUCUCCAAAAUGACAAACAUCGCUGGGGAGAAGCUCUGCCUUUUGCGGUUCCCGGAGGGCCAGCACUGGCUGGCUUUAUAUCACUUACAAAAAAUCCUAAUUGCCUUUGUUUUCCCCAUGCUCAUAGUAUCAAUUUGCUAUGUGAUGCUCCUACGAUUCGUUCGCCAGAGGAGUAUGAACCACAACCAUCCUAAACGGAGUAACAGAGUCACUAAAUCCGUUACCAUUGUGGUUCUUUCAUUCUUUUUGUGUUGGAUGCCAAAUCACGCCAUCACUUUCUGGGGCGUCCUGGUCAAAUUUAAUGUGGUGAACUGGGACAAGUCUUACUAUAUGGUUCACACCUAUGUUUUCCCUGUGACCGUGUGCCUGGCACAUGCCAAUAGUUGCUUGAACCCUGUUUUAUAUUGUCUCAUGCGAAGAGAGUUCAGGAAAAUGUUGAAGGAUUUAUUCUGGCGGGUUUCCUCACCUGCGAACAGCUGCCAAAUACGUCCCUUUUCUGCAACUCCAAAAGCCUCUGUCCACGCUGACACCCAAACAGUAAUACCUUUGAAUGUCAUAGACACCGACCUCUGUCAACUAUCCAUUGUAACAGAUGCUUUGCAACGUCGUGACUAGGGAUUCAUAUUUCCCCGAAAAUCUACCAAAUUCAGUACAGGGAAUACUUCAUAUGUAUCCCUUGAGUCCGGGAAGUACGGCAAAAUUGGAACUGCCCAAUUCAAAGCGUUUAAAACCAAGAUAUGGUCACUAUGCCAGGGUUCUCCCCAAAUAAUAGGGGCGCUGUGCCACCUUGUCGGCUUGGAUGCACCACUAUGUAAAGAUUUCAGAGCAAAUGAAACUUAUAUUUAGUAAUGAACUAUAUUUGAUCGCCAAUGACACUAUUGUGAAUUAAAUUCCAUAAAUCCCGAGCGUUAUCAUGUUCCUCAAUUAAUUCAGUGCAUAUCUCGACACAGAGCGCGUUCAGGACGCACAGAGCGCACCUUGAGUAUAGUGUUGUCGAAUCAUACAAACUAUAUAACGGCAGUCAAAAAACUGUCAACUGACUAAAGUUGCUACGCUUGCUAGAUAACCUCCUUCAACGAAUGACAGAGUAUCUCUUAUAUUUUGCAAAAUCGAGUUGAUGAUUAUACAAAUAACAUAUCAAAUCAUUAAUAACGGGGAGAUUAAAAAUAUAAAUAGUUUAAAUAUCAAGGUAUCUUAACAGGGACCAACUCUGUUAUCCAUAUAUAUAUCUACUUUCAUACCGUUUGUUGAUCACACAAACCGAAGCUCUCAUAUGGGCAGCAACUAUGACAGGAGAAGAUACAGUACAAUUUUCACUUAUGCCUCUCUGAAUUGUUAACAGACUGUGACAGAGAUGCCUAUGUAGUGAAUUGUGCAUAGGCCUAUCAAAUUUGUGACUGCCUGGAGAGUCACAUUGACGGCUCAAAUAGGCACACGUUAUUUUAUAGGCUAUACUGUAAGGGUUUCCUGUAGGGCAGAGCUCUCCGACCCUGUUCCUGAAGAGCUACCAUCCUGUUGGUUUUCACACCAAACCUAAUCUAGCGCACCUGAUUCUAAUAAUUAGCUAGUUGAUAAGAAUCAGGGUAGUUACAACUGGAGUUGGAGUGAAAACCUAAAGGAGGGUAGCAGUGUCAAUUAUGCGUGUGCUUUGAAUUUAUGGCAACAUUGUGUGAAGUAAAUACCUGCGCUAAAGGCUUCCAUGUGACAACCUGUUUGGAUAAUGUGCUAUUUAAUUUUUUGCUAAUCUCCAUGGUGUGUAGUUUGUGGAAUUUUAUUAGUGCGACAUUGGGGGAAAAUGUUGUAGGCUAAUUUCCCGGGUCUUGUCAUUAACCUUUUUCGGGAAAUGUGUAGAGGGUACCUGGGACAGUCCCAGGAUUCCGGUUACUCAUGUUACUUCUUAGUUGUGACUAUAGCCUAUGCCUAUUCCAAGGAUUUAUAUAGUCUAUACACUAUAUGACUGAUAGGGUGGGCUGUGUUGAAGCCACUGUGCCUUCAUCUUGUCACUCCCCCACGUUGCAAAAAAUAUUUUGGACGCUAUAGCAAUGCAUUUAUUAAUGUCUACAUUUGUUUUUGCCACAUUUAUUCUAUUACAGACACC